AUGAAAGUUAACAACUUAUUGAAUAUUUCGAAGAAUUUAUUUUUCAAUGUAACGAAUCAUACUAACUGUGAUUCUGAAGGAAUUUAUGGUGAUAUACUAUUGAAACCGUCCAAAGUAUCAGUUCCAACCGAUCUUGACCAAUUAAAUGAUAGCGAUAGAUAUAAAAAUUAUGAAAAUUUGCCAAUACACGAGGAGACAUUAAAUACAAAUCAAAAUUUUUCGAAAAUUUCUGAAAACAAUACAAAUGAAUUAGAAAAUAAGCCUAUUGAUUCAUCCACUCAAUUAUAUAUUAUAACAAAAUCUCCACUUUUUGAUUUUACGGAAGAAAAGUCCAAAUCUAAUAAAAAGAAGCAAUCAUAUUCUUACUAUCUUUUGAAUUAUAUUCCAAUAAAUCAAUUGAAACGAGUUCAUACAAUUUUAAUUGAGAAUCUGGGAAAAACUCAUAAAGAAAAACUGCAAUUUUUACAAUCGUUCAAAAACGACUUAUCGAAAACAAUUCGUUCGAUGAUUCCAGAAGUUAUUAAUCGAAAUGCUGAUUCCCGUGCUCGAAAAAAACGAGGUUCAAGUUGGGAUGAGCAUGACAGUCAUAUUGGUUUCCCAUCUCUUGAAGGAGCUCUCUUAGCUAUAUCAUUUUUAACAUUUGCAAUUUAUUUAAUCCGCCUAAUUAUGAUGCUGAUGAAGAAUUUUGGCAAUAAUACUACUGGUAGCACGAUACUUAUCAACAGAAAUAAGAGAUUCAUCACAGAAUUAACCGAAGAAGCCGCUAGAAUUCAUGGUUAUCUGCAUGAAUUUGAUUCUCGUUUUCAAUCGAGAAGAAAUCGUUGA